AUGUUUCUCAGACCUUGCUGGUUCUUACCAAAAAUUCUUGUCUGUAUUUUCCUCAAUUUCCUCAGGCCACUCGCUUUGACGUUGACAGACGACUUCUUUUUUUCUUUCUUUACUUAUGUAUGUCAUUUAUACUGUUGUCCCUCUCGUUUUUUUUUUUUGUUUUUUUUUGGAUUUCUUUUCAUCCUUCCUUCUUUCUUUUGCUAUUUACUACAGGCCACUGCCUUUCUUUCCUUCCUUCUUUUCUUUCUUUCCUUUUUCCAUUAUUUCUGUCUUUCUUUUUUUCGUUCAAUCAUUCUUUUUCUCUUUCUUCCAUUCAUUCAUUCAUUCUUUCUUUUUUCUUUCAUUCUUUCCUUCUUUUUUUCUUUUUUCAGUCUUUCUUUCUUUUCUAGGCAUGCCACUAACUUUUUAAAUAUAUUUCCUUUUCAAACAUUUUCCGUUAUUUCCUUGUUAUUUUUUUCUGAGUCAUUGCAUUUGCAUAUAUCUUUGUUUCUGCUCCGUUAUUCUUUCUUUCUCUUUCUUUCUUUCUUUCUUUCUUUCUUUCUUUCUUUAUUUAUUUAUUUAUUUAUUUAUUUGUCUGUUCUUUCUUUCGUUCAUUUUUUCCUUCUUUCUUUUUUCUUUUCAUUUUCUUUCUAUCUUUCAUUCAUUCUUUCUUCCUUCCUUCAUUUCUCUCUUUCUUUCUUUCACUUACACUUGCUUUUCAUUUCCACUUUCUUUCUCUUUCUGAGCUUCUCUUUUUCUCAGUUUUCUUUCUUUGUUUCUUUCUUUCACUUACCCUCGCUUUUCAUUUCCACUUUCUUUCUGUAUCUGAUCCUCUUUUUUUAUUCUUGCUUUCUUUUUCUUUCUUUCUUUCUUUCUUUUCACUUACUCUCGCUUUUCACAUUGCAUUUUCAUAUAUCUUUCUUUCUUUCUUUCAUUCAUUUUUUCUUUUUUUCAUUUCCCUUUCUUUCUUUCUUUCGUUCAUUAAUUUUUUCUUUCUUUCUUUCAUUAAUUUUUCUUUCUAUCUUUCGUUUCUUUUUUCUUUAUUUUUUCUUCCUUCCUUUCUUCCUUUCUUUCUUUUAUUCAUUUAUGUUUUCUUUCUUUAAUUUUUCUUUCUUUCAUUCAUUCUUUCUUUCGUUUUUCAUUCUUUCUUUCAUUUUUCUUUCUUCCUUUCACUCAUUCUUUCUUUCGUUUUUCAUUCUUGCUUUCUUUCAUCUUUCUUUCAUUCAUUUUUUCUUUCUUUUUUCAUUCUCCCUUUCUUUCUUUCAUUAA